AAAAAGUCGUAGCAGUUUUCCGCAUGUGGGCCGGGGUAGCCCACGCCCACGCCAACGCGGCAGCGUGCUACUCACUCACGACCGACGCGUGACUUUCGCCUCCACUUCUUCCUAUUGGCCUGCACUGCACCCUCUGAAACACAAACAUCAUAUGCAUUUGACUUGACUCCCCACAAACACAAAUCUUUCUUCACUUCACAAACACAAACAAAAACAAGAACACAUAUUUUGUUUCUUCACAAGCAUUCCCACAAACACAUAACCCUCUCUCUUUCUGUGUCUGAAAUGGCUCCUCUUCCCCUUUUCUCUCUCCUUUUUACCUUUCUUCUCUCUCUCACGCCCACCUUCUCAACCAACUCUGAAGGAAAUGCUUUGCAUGCUUUGAGAAGCAGGCUUUCUGACCCCACCAACGUGUUGCAGAGCUGGGACCCAACGCUGGUUAAUCCCUGCACCUGGUUUCAUGUCACCUGUGACUCCAACAAUCAUGUGAUUCGCCUGGAUUUGGGCAAUUCUAAUAUCUCUGGGAGUUUAGGUUCUGAACUUGGCGAGCUCAAGCAUCUGCAGUACUUGGAGCUUUAUAGGAAUGACAUAACAGGGAAAAUCCCAAAAGAGCUGGGUAAUUUGAAAAACCUUGUUAGCAUGGAUUUGUAUGAAAACAGAUUUGAAGGAGAAAUCCCAAAAUCUUUGGCCAAAUUGAAGUCAAUCAGAUUUCUACGGCUAAACAACAACAAGCUAACAGGAUCAAUCCCAAGGGAACUCACCCGCCUUUCUAACCUCAAAGUUUUUGAUGUCUCGAACAAUGACCUCUGUGGAACAAUUCCGGUCGACGGUCCUUUCGCGACCUUCCCAAUGGAAAGUUUUGAGCACAACAGACUCAGCGGCCCGGAGCUGCAAGGACUGGUGCCGUAUGACUUCGGAUGCUGAAGCAAGCUAGCACUCGCGAUCCUCUGAAGAACGUAAUUCUAGAACUUUAUUGUAUUAUGAAGUAGCUGCAUACAAUGCUUUACUAUAUCAUGUAUUUGAGAACGGCACACAGUUAAUGUGUUGGUUGAAGAGUAAUGAAAGCAAGCAAAUAAGAUGAUUGUGCAA